UCGGCUGCAGGGGGGGGACGGGAGACCUUCCCACUUUGCACGUUGGCGGGCGAGCAGGCAGGCAGAGCAGUGACAGGAGGAAAGGGGACACGCGCGCACGCAAGAGGAAAAGAGAGUGAAGAGGCAACGACAACAAGUUGGACACUUGACGCAUUGUUUGCUUGCUCCCCACCGCCACCACCGCUCCUCACACGCACCAAUAAUCGAUCCCCAAACUGGACUGAUCGUCGCUAUCGGAGUCGGUGGAGCAUGCGGCUCGCUUCUGUCUUCAGGCUGUUUGCGCUGUGGGCUUUUGUAGAGGUCGCGACCUCUGUGACCAAGCCGGCCAAGAGGAAGGUACCCGGACGGAGGUCUAGGCAAGUGUUAGAGGCGGAGCCUGUGGAAGGGGUGUGGUCUGUGUGGGCGGAGUGGUCCUCUUGCUCCCAGUCAUGCGGAGUGGGUGUGUCGCAGAGAAGCAGGAAGUGUCUGCCGCCUCCGCCCAGCCCGCCCUCCGUCUCCUACCCGUCACCCAACUGGGGCGGGUAUCUCCCGGGCGGUGGUGGCGGGCAUCCCUUCCACCCUUCCCGUCAACUUCCGCCCCAUCACCGGGCACCCGAUCCCAACCAGGGGCUGUCGCUUUACCGGAAUACCCCGCCAGGAAGCGACCAUCCGGCGGGAACUUUCUACCAAGCGGAGUACCCCGCCACCGGUGGGAACCGAGUGUCCGUGUACCGGCCGCCUUACCGCGCGGCCUCGCGUGCCUACGAGCAACAGCAGCAGCGCAGCGUGAGGAGGCCCGGCGGCCCCACGGCGCUGCGGGCGGGCGCAGGAGGCGGCAGGAGGUCGGUCGGCGCCGCUCGGGAGGGUUUUCCUGUCCGGAGGUCUUCAGCCAUCCGUCCGGGUCAGUUUGGCUACGGGAAAGUCCCCUUCUCCUUGCCGUUGCACCGACCUAGUCGCCAGGCUCGUCACACGGCCAACGGCACCGCCUCGGAUACGCCGGCGCCCAAACUGUCCGCCGAUGAGGAAGAGGACGCAAUCAGCGCCGCUCCCGCCACGACUGCCACGCCCCAAUCGCCUGCCAAAAGCGAGCACAGGAGGGUCCGAGUACCACCCUCUCCUCCUCACUUCCUGACGCAUUCUCCCUCUUCACCUUCAUCAUCAUCGGUCCCGGCCGGUCACCGCCGCUUCGACUGGCGCACUGUCACGGCUCCGCCGCCGCCCGGCUCGCUUCCCUCGCGGCUGAGCGCCUACGCCUCCCCUCUGCACCGGCCCAUGCACAGGGAAAGGACGGCCCACCCGGGAUUCGGAGCCCAGGUGCCACAAGCCGGCAACGCGUACUCGCUUCAGCACCCCCUCGGACCACACGUGGGAGACGAGGCGGGUGUCGGAGGACGGAGGAGAACGCCGCACAGCUACCGAUGCGCCGGCCCCGAGCAGGAAUAUCGCAGGUGCUUCUCACAGGUGUGCGCCGGAGCCCCGCUGGAUUCCAGAGCCGAGCAGUGCGCCGCCUUCAACGCCAAAGAGUUCAUGGAUCGUCUCUACGACUGGGAGCCUUUCACUGAGGUCGGGCCGGAGAAGCAAUGCGAGCUGACGUGCCGUCCGGCGGGCUAUCGCUUCUACGUUCGGCAGGCCGAGCAGGUGCGAGACGGGACGCCUUGCUUCAAUGCCACCUCCAACGAUGUGUGCGUCCAAGGACAAUGUCUGACGGAGGGCUGUGACGGCGUCCUGGGCUCCGGCUCGGUGCUGGACAAGUGCGGCGUCUGCGGUGGGCGGGACACGGCUUGUCAGAAGGUGACGGGCAGCUUCCAAAAUAUCAGCGUUCCCCUCGGCUACCACAAGAUCUUGGACAUCCCGGCAGGGGCCACCUUUAUCAACAUCACGGAGAGGCGGGCCAGUCCCAACUACCUGGCCAUGAGAAGCGGAACGGGGGCUUCGGUGGUGAACGGCCGCUGGGCCGUGGACCCCCCGGGGGAAUACCAGGCGGGUGGGACCACCUUCACUUACGCCCGACCUCGAGCGGAGGGGGAAGACGAGCGAGGGGAGUCCCUCAGGGCGCCCGGACCCACCAGCACACAGUUGCAGCUCUAUAUCAUUUUCCACCAGCAGAACCCGGGCAUCGACUAUGAGUUUUACAUCCCCGUGGAAAAGACAGAGGGAGAGACGCCCAGUGAGAGGCAGACGCAGGGGAGGGCGUCCCUUCGCGGUGCCCACAGCGUGUCCAUCCAAGAGCCCGUGCCUGCCGCCGCUCCUCCUCCUCCUCAUUCCAACCCUUCUUUCCCCUCCUCCUCUUCAUCUUCCUCCUCCUCUUCCUCCCUAUUCGCACCCUUGUCGUCGGAGCGCUGGGCCGGCGAGAGAUCCCCGCACCGGGUAUCCGCGCCCAACCGGUACGCUCGCAUCCCGCCUCGCACUGACCUGCCACUGGACACGCAGCCGCCGUUCGUGUGGAGGAGGGGCUCGUUGACGCCGUGUUCCGCCUCCUGUGGCAAAGGCCAUCAAUAUCGAGAGAUCAUCUGCAUUGAUCGCCACACAGACGAGGAAGUGCCCGAGAGGAAAUGUGACUCUGCCGCUAAGCCAACACCAGAUGAGGAGCCUUGCAAUAUGCACGCCUGUCCGCCAUUCUGGGAGGCGAGCGCCUGGUCGGAGUGCAGCGUGUCGUGCGGGCCCGGCGCGCAGCAACGCCAGCUGCAGUGCAGGCAAAGUUUCGGCAACCGCUCCACUAUGGUCCACCCCCAGCGCUGCGCCGGACUGGUCCCGCCCGAGUCCACCCAGGCCUGCCAGUUGCAGCUCUGCUCACACUGGGAGGUUGGCUCCGACUGGAGCACGUGCUCGGUGGACUGCGGCGUAGGCAAGAGGACGAGGAGCGUGCGUUGCGUGAGCGACGAAGGCAGCGUGGUGAACGACAUGGAGUGCAGUACCCGGGCUCGGCCGCUGGGCAGCGAGGAGUGCAACAUGGGCCCGUGCGUCACCAACUGGUACUCGUCCGCUUGGACCUCCACCUGCUCGGCGCGGUGCGGGCCCGGCGUGCAGAAGAGGGAGGUGGUGUGCCUGACGCGCGGAGGGGUUCGAGAGGGCGAGGGAGCUGGCGGCUGCGUCGGGGAGAAGCCGGCCGAGCUGAAAGCUUGCAACGGGGGUCCCUGUGUGCCCGUCGCCAGUUGGUACAGCAGCCCGUGGACGCAGUGCAACGUUCCAUGCGGCAACGGAACCCAGCGUCGGGACGUCGUUUGCGUCCAGAAGACGGGCAACGAUUUCACCGUCGUGCCCUCGGCUGAAUGCGCUCACGCGGACAAACCGGCGGCCGUGCAGGAGUGCGAGAUGGGCGAUUGCCAGCCGCAGUGGUUCACCACCGAGUGGAGCGCGUGCUCUCGCUCGUGCGGAAAAGGCCUCCAGAUGAGGGAGGUGCGCUGUCUGACUGCGGACAAAAGGCACAGCCAGAACUGCGGUGUCGACAUCAAGCCCGUACAGGAACAAAUCUGCAACACCAUACCAUGCAGCCCGCAAGUCCCAGACGAGAAUUGCAGGGACAGACGGCACAACUGCGUGAUGGUGGUGCAGGCCAGGCUCUGCGUCUACUCCUACUACAAGACGGCGUGCUGCGCCUCGUGCACGCACAGCGCAGCGCUACGUGCCAAGAGACACUGACAGGCCAGUUGCAGGCAGGCAGCCCCGGUGUGCAAGAAGUUCAAGAUUGGGCCCCAGUUGCCCGAUUGCAACCCCCACCCUCCACCCCACCAUGGACUACCCAAGCUAGAUCAGUCACCUGUGGAGGCAUGUUGUCGAUAACCUUGAGUGGUUUGGCUUUCAGUUCCGGCAAAAAAAAAAUCCUGUGAAAGCGGCCGCUUCUCUCGGCACACGCCUGUUAAAUGGCCACAUCUUGCCUUUCUUCACUCACUGUGUUAGCCCAAGAGGACAUGCCACGUAGGGACACUUGAUUUCAACUUGUUGAAGGGACGAUUGAAGAUAUGAAGUUGUUUUCAAGCAGCUACAAAAAAAAAAA